UUUCACCAAUUUCAUUCAAAUAGCAUGGGAGUUGAAGUGGCCUCGGACUUUGGUCGACCAAAGGCCUCUCCACAGGUAGGGAGUAGCGCUUGCCAACCUGUGACUCGGAUGUAACAAAAUAACAAGUUCGCGCCUGCCCAUGCCCGAAAUCAUUGUGAGAUGCUGUCGAGUGCUCUUUCCUUUGGAAAACUCUGCUGUUGCUACUGGGUGUUCCUUCCUUUAGGAAGUAUGGAGCUUGGUGCUGGAUGUUUUACCCUCCUUGGUGGUUCUCUCUGCUUUUGUUCCUCUUCUCUCCGUAGUUGUUCUCAUCCAUGAAUUGGAGCCAUGCCGGUGGUUACAACCAGAGCCCCGGUGGCUGCCAUGACGGCAAUCAGCAAUAACGAGUCAAGCAACGGUGGACGCAACAACGAAGUUGACGAUGACCCGGAGGAAAGCUGGUUAAGCUCGGAUGGUGACGAUGACAGCGACCAUAAGAGCGACGAUGAGAGCGAUGAUGAGGACUUUCAGGCGGCGCCACCCGAAAAGAUUUUCGAAGCCAGUCUGCUCAACAAAGCAUAUACGGCAUAUGCUACACAGGCCGGUAAACGCAACCACCUCCAAAUCAGGCAACAGAUCCCAUCAAAACAAUCACUAUGGGAUGUAAUAUUCGGCCUCGAGUUACAUUUCGCCCCCAACCUUCGAACAAUCUUGGAAGCGCCCCACCCCCCUACAAUGGACAUGCUAAAGUCCUUGCCUGAGUUUGCAUAUACCGACGAUUACGCUUUCACCAUUCACCUUCUAAUCCUCGAGAAACCGGAGCAAAACGAGGGUAUCAAUGAGCCGCCCUUGAUCUACAUUGGCAGCGGGACCAAAAAAGAGAAAGGUGUACACGACAGGUUCCGUAAUUACGAUCAAGACACACACCUCUCGAGUUUAACGACAAUCGCACAUAAAAACGGCUAUCGAAUCGCUCAUAAGAAAGUCUUGGUUUCGACUCCCUGUCCGACAGACUACUACAUCUUGCUCUCUCUAUUUUCAUCCAAGAACGUAUCUUGUACAUUGGAAACGGCGCUACGUCUAAUCUAUAUGAUCAAAUGGAAGUUUGUUUAUCAAGUCUGUCCUCCGGGAUAGAAUGUUUCGUCUGCUUGAAAAGGGAUCCUUAAGAUAUUCGCAAUAUAACAUCCCGUUCCCAUUUCGGAACGACCUGGUUGUGUAAGACCGCCCAACCCCAAAGUCAGC